GAAUUAUCCAGCUGUGGGUAGCAAAUAUCAAAAUUUCUGUCAGUGUAACAUACCAAAUGUCUCACGUUUAUACCAUUUUUUACCUGCAUUUAUUAACUCCACUAAUACUAUUAACUGUAAUCGAAUCGAAUAUUCACCCUAUAUUACCCCAUCAUGUAAAGUUAGUAGAAGAUGGAAUUUACGCCCCGUUCGAAGCGAGCAAUUUCACCCUAAUCAAACCGAAACUGGUGAUAAAUCCUUACAAAGAGAAAAUACAGAAUUUCGUUCGCAGGAAACCCUUCGGGUCCUUUUGUUUGAAAUGCGCGGCUUGUGUGGCUAUAGCUCGAGAGAUAGUGCAAACUAUUCACGAUUCUAUUGAUAGUUUGGAAGACGGAGAGACUAGUAUCGAGAGGAUAAACGGUCAUAUCAAUGGAAGUUUGAAGGAGCUGUGCCAAAACGGAUUCAAAAAUUACGGCUUGAGGAAAUUUAACGAUGAUUGCAUAAUUACUGAUAAACUGGCCUGCACCGAAUACGUUCACAGCGACAUGGACGGAAGCUGGACGAAAAAGUUGAGAGAAAUGUGCAAACUGUUUGUAAGUUAUAUGGAUUUGGAUAAUAUUCUUAACGAUGCUGUGGACGAUUUGAAUGCGUUACCGCAGAAAUUGUGCAGCGGUUCCGGUAUAUUUCGAGAUUGCGUUAACGUCGGCGCGGAAAAUUAUACAAAAGUGCUGGAGUCUUCGAGCGGUUGUAAUUGUCGCGGUUUAAUUAAAAGUUUAUUUUACUAA